ACAGUCACCUGCGUUCUGUCUCAGCAACUGCAGCACGCGCCGCCAUUGCCUUCCUCCCUGAAAUCUUUCCACCGCUUAAUCUCUCUAUAUUUAGCCCGUCGCCCUAAUGCUAUUUUCACUGCACGGUCGUCUUUUCGAAGCGCUCCGGUUACCACGCCCCUUUUCUGCUUUCCCUUCUUGUUUUUUGCAUUCACCGCCCCCUCCCCCUCUUUCCAGUCAAACUUUCUGCAAGGGCAGAAACUUUCCCGGAUCUCCCCAAGCUUUCUUCCCUGGUCUACUUUUAAAACACACUCACAAAAUAUACGCACAACACAAAAACUAACGAAAGCCCGGGGGAGGGGGGGGGGGCGCCUAUGAGCUGGUCUCCGUUUCACGUCGUCCGGAGGAGGGUUUGGUGCUAGUGAAGCCCCCUUUGCCAAGCGGUCGGAGCCAUGGGGCAGGCGGAGGAGCUGCUCCGAAUGGGGAGGAAGUUGGAGAAGAUGGUGUCUCGGAAGAACACGGAAGGAGCCCUUGAUUUGUUGAAGAAACUGAAUAACUUCACGAUGACCAUUCAGCUGCUGCAGACCACAAGGAUCGGUGUGGCUGUCAACACAGUCCGGAAGCACUGCUCCAAUGAGGAGGUGGUGGCUCUGGCAAAAAUCCUUGUCAAGAACUGGAAGAAGCUGUUGGAGUCAUCUGGGGCUCAGAAGAGUCAAAAGGAGAAAGAAAAAGGUAAAGGGAUCGACAUCCCUAGCUGGAAGCCUGAAGAUUUUGUUUCUGUGAAACUCUCUGAAGGUUCUGAUGGAAAUAAAAAAGACAGGAAAUCAAACAAGUUUAUCUCACAGUCAGCAGCCCCAAAAAGUCUUUCUCUGGUUCUCAAACCAGACAGAAGGGACUCGGAAUCUUCCAUCUCUGCUGCUGCUUCCACUUCCUCCUCAUCUCCCAAGAGUCUCUCAGGAGAAAGGAGAUCCUCCACAUGCUCCAAUCCAGCUUCUUCUCCUACUGGGUCUCGGAAAAAAUCCACAGAUGGCAAAGAGGAAAGAUCCAAUAGCAAGCCAAGGCCAGAUGGACCCAAGACACCCACCAGCCCCAUCUCCCCAAUGUUUGCAUCUUCUGCCGCCUUUUUGCCACCCUGCUAUCUGACAGGAGACACCGUCCGAGACAAGUGCAUCGAGAUGAUUUCUGGGGCUUUAAAAAUGGAUGAUGAUUACAAAGAAUUUGGAGUUAAUUGUGAUAAGAUGGGAGCUGAAAUUGAAGAUCAUAUCUACCAAGAGCUGAAAGGCACUGAUAUGAAAUACCGUAACCGUGUGAGGAGCCGGAUCAGCAACCUGAAGGAUCCCAAGAACCCCAGCUUGCGCAGAAAUGUGUUGAGUGGGGCCAUAUCACCCAGCCUCAUCGCCAAGAUGACUGCGGAAGAAAUGGCGAGUGACGAACUGAAGGAGCUGAGGAACGCUAUGACCCAAGAAGCCAUCCGAGAGCAUCAGAUGGCAAAGACGGGAGGCACCGCAACAGAUCUCUUCCAGUGUGGCAAAUGCAAGAAGAAGAAUUGCACAUAUAAUCAGGUCCAAACGCGGAGUGCUGAUGAACCCAUGACAACAUUUGUUCUGUGUAACGAAUGUGGGAACCGGUGGAAGUUCUGCUGACGUGCCUUUCAUCUCUACACAUGCCGCUGGUGGUGAAGAUGCCGGCCUUUCCCCAAGAAAAGAGACAGGGGAAGUUUUGACUGACCACUGCAAAAAUGGAAGUAGGAAAAGGGCAAAUCCUGAACGAUGAAGGUGCUGGCGUUUGAGCCCAAUAACCAUCCAGAUUCCAACAAAUGCAACAAGAGUGAAUUCCCUAGUGAGAGACAAUGGGGUUGGGGAAAAAAUCCAGGCAGCAGUAUGAAGAGUUGAUAAGUCUGUAUGUGUUCUGUCACCAUCUCCUGCAAGUAUGGAAUCCAGCAUCCUCAAAAUGUUCACUUGCAUAUUUUUUUUAAAAAUAAAUAAGGUUCCUAGUUCUUCAGCUUGCAAAGAUAGGCUCGAAGUGCUCUGGGCAGCAUUUUAGCAAAAUCUUCAAGGCAGAGGUAGGCCUGAACAGAACUGCCAGUCUUUGAGGUACACGGUUUCCGUGCCUUGCUGUAGCCAAAGGAGAUCACAAAAGUUCAGCUACUCCUGUAGCUAAAUUCUUAUCACAGUGUAGCUGCAUCUCUGACCAUUAAUUACACAGUCCACUUUUGUGCCUCUGCCUUGUAGAUAAUGUGCUGUCAUAGGAUGGCAUCCAUUGGAAGACUUCUUGGGUGAAUCACAACAGAUGUAAGAGAACAGAGUAAUGCUAUCAACUUCUUUAGUUACAUCAUCAGGGUGGGGUCAAAGGUGAGCUGGGUGUGUUUUUCUUUCCAGGAAGGCCUGAAGUGUCCUUAAUGCCUGUGCUGAGCAGGAACCGAGCUUACAGAAGCAAAAUGUUAAGUGAUAACUCGUCGCUAGUAAUCGUGUACAUUUAGUAAAUUCUGAAUUCUCAUAAUUCAUUCUGUCAGUCCUUGAGCAAGGAGGAUGGCUCCACAGGGGUCAGCCACUUUUUACAGUUUAAGAGCCAAACUAUGUCAAAAGUCAGAGCCGAUGUUAAAUUGAUUGUUAUAUGUAUGAUGUCAUGCUAAUAAAAUCAUUAUAUUAAAAAAA